GGGACAGACAGAGCUAGCCUGUACAGAGGAGCACAAUGCCUGACUCACCCACCCGCACUGGAGCUACUUUGGAUGGGACAACAUGCAUGGAGCAGCCAGGAGAGAGCCAGGCCAGCCAAAGAGCGGAGCAGUGGUUAGAGUAGCCAGGCUCUCUCCAUCUACAAAUGGAAGACUCUGAGUAAUACGGCUCAGCUUCAGAUAUCCUCUCUCUAUCUGUUCGCUACCAGGACCUGAGGCAGCACACACACCCAGACACUUGUUGAUGUGAAUGUGUGGGUAGGGCACGUCUGAGACGGAGGGAGAGAGGUGAGAAAGAGAAAAAGAAGAGAGGAGGGAUACAGAAGUCAAGUUAGACAGACUGAAUCUCAAACUCGCUGAAUCUCAACUUACCUGUGACUGAACCGGUGUCUACACACACAGAAACUCAGACAUACACCCAGCGGCGAUGCCACUGGGACAGAAAAAGUUUGACAUGGAGCUCUUAAUGGGAGACGGCAAUCCUGAAGACCCCAAGAGGGACAGGUCUGGGAGCUGUGUAGAGUUCAACCAGGUUAAAAAGAUGAAGGCCCUGGCCCAUCGACGACAGUCCGCCCCCUCCCUGGUCAUCAGCAAAGCACUUACCAAAUCACGAAGCGUGUCCAGGGAGAACUGCCUGUCUCCGGUCAGCCCAGAGACAUGUCCCCUUGUGCAGGCGUUCCUCUCCUCAGGCAGGGUGUUCCUGGCCCACGCCUACACCCAGCUGAAGACCGGCCUGCAGACGCAGGAGAGACACCUCUUCCUCUUCACUGACACACUCCUCAUCACCAAGGCCAAGUCAUCCACACACUUCAAACUGAAGGCUCAGGUGCGUGUGUGUGAGAUGUGGACAGCAGGCUGUAUGGAGGAGGUGUGUGAGGGCAGCACCAGUCUAGACAGGAGCUUCGUCAUGGGCUGGCCUACCUUCAACUGUGUCUCCACAUUCAGUUCUGUGGAGCACAAGGAGAAGUGGCUUUUUCUCAUCAAAAGUCGAAUAAACGAAGAGAAAGAGAAGGAUAACCCCAAGACCAUUCCUUUGAAGAUAUUUGCAAACGACAUUGGGAAUUGCGCUUAUGCUAAGACUCUAGCUGUAAGUAAUUCAGACAGCACCACUGAUGUCAUCCAAAUGGCACUACAGCAGUUUGGCAUUUCGGGCUGUGUGAAAGACCACCAGUUGUGGGUGAACUCCAUUAAGGAUGACUCCCCCUACCCUCUCAUUGGGCACGAGUUUCCCUUCAGUAUCAAGAUGAGUCACAUUCGGGCUGGAGGAGGAGGUGGAGGGAAGGAUGCAGUUCCUUCUCCGGAGGGCCAGGGGGCGAUGCUGCUGGACCAGUGUCUCCCUCUAGACACCCAGUGCCAGUUCAUCCUCAAGCCCAGCCGGGUGGGUCCCAAACAGGCUCCGCUCAUAGAGCCAGGCCAGAAGUCCUUUAAGAGGAAGAGGUCGUUGAUAAACUGGGCCUUCUGGAGGGGUUCCAGUAGCCAGCUGGACAGUGUCCCCCUGUCCCCUACCCUGGGACGCCUGUUCGGACGGUCUCUCAGUUCCAUCUGCCCCCCUGACCACACCCUGCCCAAACCUGUCAUGGACAUGCUGGUGUUUCUGUACCAGGAGGGUCCCUACACCAGGGGUAUAUUCCGUCGCUCUGCAGGGGCCAAAGCCUGCAGAGAGCUGAGAGACAGACUGGACAAUGGGACAGAGGACACACACACACUUACACAUGAGUCUGUGUUUGUCACUGCCGCAGUCUUCAAGGACUUCCUGCGGAACAUUCCGGGCAGUCUGCUGUGUGUGAAUCUGUAUGAGCAGUGGGUUGGUUUGAUGGAGCGCGAGGAGGAAGAGGAGAAGAUGCAAGCCAUCCACAGGUUGGUCCAUCUUCUGCCCAGUGAGAACCUGUUGCUACUCAGACAUGUGGUUGCCGUGCUCCACUGUAUCCAAGGCAAUGCAGACGACAACCAGAUGAAUGCCUUCAACCUGUCGGUGUGCAUCGCUCCCAGCAUGCUGUGGACCCCGGCCCCCUGUAGCCCAGAGGGGGAGGGGGAGGCCACCAAGAAGGUCUGUGAGCUGGUCCGGUUCCUAAUUGAGAACUGCAGGAAGGUCCUGGGAGAUGACGUCUCCUCUCUGUUUGGUGGAUUCCCUCAGAAGAGCAACAGCAGCGACCAUGGAUCUGACGUGUCCUCUUUCCAGAUGAAUGACUCAUCCUACGACAGUCUGGAGAACGAGUUAAACGAGGACCCAGAGUCGCCCUUCCAGGAGUCCCUCCCUCUGAGGGACAAGGCCAAGCCUGAAAGCCGCAGCAGAGACUCUGUCAUCACCCUGAGUGACUGUGACCCCGACCCUGAGGCUGAGGCUGACCUCCUACAUAUCCCCCCACUUGCCAGACCCAGGAAGUUCACCCCAGCCGUACGGCAACCACGCCCACGCCAAUCCUUUGUCCAAUCACAGGGCCCUCGGAGGUUACGACGCAGCUCAGAGCCCGCCAUCGGACACAUCCCCGGAGCUCUGAUCGUCCAAUCGGAUAAGCACCAUUUGGCAUCUCGUAAAGCAAGCUAUGACGCGGCGAUGGAGGGAGAGGAGGAGGAGGAGGAGGAGGAGGAUGAAGUGUUUCAGGGGCUCAGGGCUCUGCAGCUGAAAGACAAAGUAGUCGCAGGUGGAGAAAGAGGAGGGGUUGGAACUCUCAGGCAGAGGAAGCUGAAACACGCCCCACCCUCUCCUUUACGAUUGGACGCCAGCUGCUCUAGCCUGUCCUCCCCGGCGACCUCCCCCACAUGCUCCUCCCUCAGCUCCCUAGACUCCGCCUUCUCCCAGUAUUCCACAGACUAUGUCACCAGCGCCGGCUUCCUGUUGGCUGAGUCUUCCCCCCGCUCCCCCCAGUGCUCACCCCCCAAGAGAGACACCAUGGACUGGAGUGAAAGCCACUCUUCCCGGACACCCUCUACCCACCACGGACUGCACCCCAACACCUGGCUCAAGAGGGACCUCCGACUGUCACUACGGCAACCUGACAACGGACACCUGGAGGAGGAAGUGGGGAAGGGGAAAAGGGUUAGCCUCCCAAAAGCCCCUGAGGUUAAAGGUGUAGAGGUGACCACCAAGAGGAGGUCCAGCAGCCCUCCAUCCUACCAGCAGGCUAUCCUACAGCUGCAGAGGAGUAGGUCUACCUUCUACAGAGGCACAGAGAAACCCCUUACUGUCAGAGAGCUACAGCUGCUGCACGACCAGGCCUGCAAUGCCACCCACAGACCCCCCACUGGACGUGUCACCCAGCGGCCCACUGGAACAGGAAGUGAGAUCAUCCAGCCUCCCCAGGGUGUGUUCUAUGGACAGAGUGGCUCAACACUGACCCUCCAGAGGCAGAAGUCUCACUCCCUCACCCUGGCCAUGGAGGCUGGCCGCAAGGUCCUCACCCUGCCUCGCAGAGCCUCUGAGCCCUCCAUGGUGACAGACGCAGCCUCCAGCCUCACCCUGGAGAGGCCCUGGGUCAAGUCCCAGACCCAUGGGGUCAAAGGUCAGCAGCUCCCUGAGAGCGGACUUAGAGUCUCUGAUGUUGAGCCGCAGCACAACGGAGCAGGCCCGAUCUCAGAGCCACGCUUCUGCCUGUCUCCCUCCGCCACGCGGGCAGUGAGGGACUACUUUUCCUCACAGGGGCGGGCGGAUUCAGGUGCGUGCCUGCAGAGGAGUCAGGAGGUCGCUCUGGCCCUCGUCCAGGGGAAGAGGGAGUGGCAGAGCAGGAAGUGUAGCGACCCUUGCGUUGACGACUUUGACCAAAUGUUCUUUGCUGAGGAGUCCUACGUUUAAAAGGAUUAAGACUCUCCUACAUUAAAGAGGACUUUAAGAGACUCUGGGCUUGUUUUAUAUGGCUGGUCAAUGUUGUUUGUAGCAUAUCGUUUUUAUGUUUAUAUGGUCUUGUUGGUGUUUAUAUUGUCAUAUGUACAGUUAUUUUCCCUUGGUCAUGGUAGAUGCAGUUGUUUGGUUGUGCUGGAGCUCUUCUUCCAUAUCUCUGUGAAUCAACGACAGGUAUAGGUCUAUAUUUAUGUUCAUAUGCUUUGAUAUAGUGUUGUACGAGCUGUAAGAAAUCAAAUGUGUAUUUUUGUACAUGAUGCCAAUUCCUGCUGCUGUCCUAUAGAGUAUAUUUGCUACAGAAUGCACCAUUUGUAUAUUAUGUACGUACAGGUAACUGCCAAAAUAAUCGAAACAUUUGAGGAAAUGAGAGAUGCAAAGUAUAUUGAAAGCAGAUGCUUUCACACAGGUGUGGUUCCUGGGUUAAUUAAGCAAUUAACAUCCUAUCAUUCUUAGGGUCAUGUAUAAAAAUGCCCAGUUGCCCAUUAAUUUGGUUACCACGGCUAUAGAAGAAGAGAUAUGUGACUUUAAAAAAAGGGUCUCAAAGGAGCAUAGGGUGUGUGUGUCUCAGUCACCAGAUCUCAACCCAACUGAACACUUAUGGG